AUGGAACCUAUUCAGGCAGACGCUGGUGACGGUGGCCCGGCAGGUCAAUAUGCUGCACAGACACCCGGUGCAAUGGGAGCAGACCUGGAGUCUUCGAAUGGGAUCAUAUCUUCAUCUGGAGGCCCUCUUGUGAGGGUAGACGAUCCUCCUAAAUUCGAACUGGAGUCAUACAUCGCGAACUACACUGGAAGAACUAGAUUCAACCGCCUAUAUCUUAUCGGAACCUGCUCAUCAUACCUCGCUGUCGAAGCCCUUAAAGCUGCCAUUGCAGAAGCAAAAUCCGGCAAAGAUGUUUCUCGAUACCUGCGCUCAGUCCAGGCACUAGCGGGAGCUGCACCGAAUGAGGCCGAAGCUACUAUUGAUAAAGAGUGGGCGGAACGGUCACAGAAAGUCGUCAAAGUCGAAACGGACCGAUUGGAGCAUGAGCUCAGGGGAUACAAGAAUAACUUAAUCAAAGAGAGUAUUAGGAUGGGAAACGAAGAUCUUGGACAGCAUUAUCACCAGGCUGGUGACUUGACGUCUGCAUUCAAGGCAUACUCGCGCAUGAGGGACUUUUGUACGACGUCGAGCCACGUUGCAUCAAUGCUCUUCAAGGUUAUAAGUGUGGCGAUCGAACGCGGAGACUGGUUGAGCGUACAGUCCAACGUGCACCGGCUCCGGGGCCUGGGAGCGAAGCAGGAAGAGCAAGCCAAACAUCAGCCAAAGAUAUCAACUGCUCUGGGCCUAUCGCAGUUACAUUCUGGAUCAUAUAUAGAAGCAGCAAACAGCUUCAUAUCGACAGAUCCCAGCCUAGGAGACUCGUACAAUGAGGUCUUGUCGUCCAACGAUGUUGCGGUCUAUGGUGGUCUCUGUGCCCUAGCGUCCAUGGAUCGAAAUGAACUUCAGCGCCGCGUUCUGGACAACAAUUCCUUCCGCAAUUUCUUAGAACUGGAACCUCAUAUUCGCCGCGCCAUUUCGUUCUUCUGCAACUCCAAAUUCAGACCAUGUCUUGAAAUUCUCGAGGCAUACCGCGCCGAUUACCUGCUUGACAUCCACCUCCAACGCCACGUUCAAACCUUAUACACCCGGAUCCGCACAAAGUCCAUUCAACAAUACCUCGUCCCCUUUAACUGUGUAUCGCUUGAAUCGAUGGCGAAGAUCUUCGUCCUCGGAACCCCCGCAGAACAGUCCAGCCAAACAGAAUCGAACUCAGCAUUCGUCCAGGAAUUGAUCGGCCUGAUUCAAGACGGUACACUGGACGCACGUAUCGAUUUAGAAAAGCGCGUUCUCGUUUCUAGCCAAGGUGACAAGCGCACAGAAGUGCAGGAAGCAGUCCUUGAUAGCCUCGACACCUACGUCAAAGAAGCCCAUAUCCGACUCCUACGGUCCAACACAAUACGCGCUGGCCUCGAAGUGCGUCGAUUAAACGACGAUCCUCGACCCAAGUUUGAGGAACGAGGUGGGAAGAGGGGUCACGGUACAAUCGGGAAUAUUCUACGGGCUACUGGGAUGAAGCAAUAA